UCAUUACAAGCAAUUAUUCGCUAUAUUUUAAUAUGUCCCCGUCAUGUAUUUACACGAAAGUGCGUCUCUCAACAGAACUUACGCUGAUGAUUAGCCACUAAGCUAACAUGCGUCUUGAGACAUUACAACUCCAACUUAUCCUCACCUGAAUUUAUGUUGUAAGGUCUAGCGACACGAUUUUAGAGUAUGAAUUUUCUCGAAUUAAUCACUCCGGUGGAAUGACUAGGCACUGAUACGAUACGGUGUUUUGCACAGUUUGCCGAAUGUCCUCUGUCCGUCUGUGAGUUGGAGGAUCUGUAAACAUCAGAUAAGUGAAGUAGCAGCAUGGCUGCGUGUAAAAUGUUACUCUCUCUGAAAAAAACCCGGAGCCUUUUUUCUCGUUUCGGGAGACAUGUCACCACCUGGUCCCCAGUUGGAGCAGCUUUCAAUGUCAAACCUCACAAGAGACUGGACAUCGUCGAGAAAACUGUGGGGUUGUUUGGCGUCCCCGAGCUGAGCUCCCCUGCAGGUUUCCAGGUCGCCACCAAGUCAGCUCUUCUCAACACUGAGAAGUUACUGGCAAAAGCUUGUUCUUGUGCUCCAGGUGUUGAAACGGUCAACACUUUCGACGAGCUCUCUGAUGGCCUUUGCAAAGUAGCGGAUCUGGCAGACUUCAUUAAAGUGGCACAUCCAGAUCCAGCAUUCAGAGAGGCAGCUGAAAAGUCCUGCAUUGAGAUUGGCACAGUGGUGGAGAAGUUGAACACCAACGUGGAGCUGUGUAAGAGCUUGAAGAAUUUGCUUGACAGCCCCGAAAUUGUGGCUAAACUGGACCCUGAUACAAGGAGAGUGGCUGAGUUGUUCAUGUUUGACUUUGAGAUAAGUGGUAUUCAUCUUGAUGACAAAUUACGAAAAGAGGCUGUCGCGCUUCAUGUAAAGCUUCUGGAUCUGAACCACGAGUUUCUGGUCGGCUCUCACAUGCCCAACAGAAUCGCACGGUCUGCCAUUCCUGAACAUCUGCAGUUGCAUUUUGCCAGUGAAGGUAGCUUUCUUCAAGUGGGAGGCCUUCAUGCGGAUUCGCCAGAUGACCUGGUUCGUGAAAUUGCAUACCGUAUUUACUUAUACCCAAACGCAGAUCUGAUGGAGUGUUUGGAGGAGUUGCUGAAAUCUAGGUACCAGCUGGCUAAGCUGGUGGGAUACGAGUCCUUUGGACACAGAGCCCUGAAAGGAACCAUGGCCAAAACACCAGAGACAGUGAUGAACUUUCUUCAGCUGCUGACUGAAAAACUGUCUGAGAGAACAGCUAAAGACUUCAAGAUGAUGAGCAACAUGAAAAAAAAACUUAAUCCCCGUAAUGCUGAGUUGAUGCCCUGGGAUCAUCCCUUUCUUAGUGGUGUGAUACGUGCGGAAAGGUACAACAUUGAGCCCAGUCUUUACAGCCCCUACUUUUCUCUGGGAGGCUGCAUGGAAGGUCUGAACCACCUCUUCACUCAGCUCUACGGCGUCUCUCUCAUGUCCGAACAGUCCAGUGCCGGAGAGGUCUGGAAUGAAGACGUCCGUAAACUGGCUGUGGUGCAUGAAACAGAGGGAUUACUCGGUUAUAUCUACUGUGACUUUUUCAACCGUCCGAAUAAACCUCAUCAGGACUGCCAUUUCACCAUCCGCGGGGGGCGCUGGUGCCAGACCGCGGGUCAGUACCAGCUCCCAGUUGUGGUGCUGAUGCUGAGUCUGCCACCUCCGAGCAAGAGAGCCCCCACGUUGCUGACUCCAGGCAUGAUGGAGAACCUUUUCCAUGAGAUGGGUCACGCCAUGCACUCCAUGCUGGGACGGACUCGCUACCAGCAUGUUACCGGAACCAGAUGUGCCACCGACUUUGCCGAAGUCCCUUCCAUCCUCAUGGAAUAUUUUGCAUCAGAUUAUCGUGUCAUCAGCCAUUUUGCACGGCACUAUGAAACCGGUCAGCCUUUACCAGAGAGUAUGGUUGCACGUCUGUGUGAGUCAAAGAAAGUGUGUGGCGCUGCAGACACACAGUUGCAGAUCUUCUAUGCAGCCCUGGACCAGGUCUAUCAUGGCAGACCUCAAAACCGGUCCUCCACAGACAUCCUGAUGGAGAUGCAGCAGAAAUUCUAUGGCCUGCCGUACACGCCUAAUACGGCUUGGCAACUGAGGUUCAGUCAUCUGGUUGGAUACGGAGCCAAGUACUACUCCUACCUGAUGUCAAGGGCAGUGGCCUCAAUGGUGUGGAGGCAGUGCUUUGCACAGGACCCUUUGAACAGGGACAUGGGUGAGCGUUAUCGUCGAGAGAUGCUUGCUCAUGGGGGCGCUAAGGAGCCAAUGCUCAUGGUGGAAGGGAUGCUGCAGCGCAGACCCUCCAUCGAGGACUUCGUGGACGCCCUGGUCUCAGAGCUGGACCCCAAUUUUGAGACUUUCAUCAUGGACUCUGAGAGCUGAGGGAUUUAAAGGGAAGUGUCCUUCUGGAUUUAAGUCACAUUGACUUGUGGUUAUGAGGACGAUCAGGUGGAGUCUCCCAGGAUGUGUACCUGAAGCUCUCACUGGAGCCUCCUGCCACCGUCUGAGAGAGUCUGCUCCUCUUCCUCCUCAGAUGAGCUGCAGCCUGAGACCUCUCCUCCUCAGUUGCUCAUGUCCUGCUGAAAUAAAACGCUGAUUCAAGCUUGACAUGAAGUUUGACUUUUCUUUGGAAGUCUUGAGGACAGAUGCAAGUUUUUAUCAUUUUUGAAAAUAAUUUUCACUAAAACAAAUUUGGGUAUUUUGUGAUAUAAGUGAAAAUUAUAAUCUGAUUCCAUAAUAGUGGCUCAUGUUACAUUGGUGACUUUCCAAUCCAAUUCUCGGUUCUAGGUUUCUGCUCUAUUUCAAACCUGUCGAUCUUUAUUUUCUGUGCCGUUAAUUGUCAUACUGACAUUAAAUCCUAUUUUUACAUUGGAUUCCCUCCUCCUCUUCUUCUUCUUCUGUUCCACACUUGUGCUAAUAUUGCAGCUCAUGAUCAGCAGAGCUCAGUGCACGGCAGUCGCACUAUAACC